UCUGUCUAAAGUCAAAUCCACGAAAGCUUCCGUUUACGUGUGCGGCGCGCUGUUACGCGAUUCUUUCCAGUUCGGCUAGUGGGGUGGAAGCAUGGCCUCGGUGACCAGCGUAUGCCGUCCGUCCAGAGCGCAGACGUCUUCGUCGAUCACCCAGAUGGCCAGCCUGCUAGAGUGCCCCGUCUGCAAGGAGUACGCGCUGCCUCCCAUCAUGCAGUGCGAGAACGGCCACCACCUCUGCGCCACCUGCCGGAAGAAAGUGGCCAAGUGCCCCGUCUGUCGCGCGCCCAAGGGGAAGAACAGGAACCUAGCCUUGGAGAAGCUGGCGGAAACGGCGAUGUUCCCAUGCAAGUACAACCCAAAGGGCUGCGCUGCCGUUCUACUAAUUGGCGCCAAGAAGAAACACGAAGACUCCUGCGAGCACGGACCGUGUCCUUGCGUGCUCGGCUUGAAGCCGUGCAAGUGGCGAGGACCGCUACGCGAAGUGGUGGACCACAUUCUUCGCACGCACGAAUUCGUUCCAAGAUUGCAAGGCGAGAACGUUGUCCUCACCGCGACGCGCUUCAACCGCACCGGUGCCUUCUGCUGGGUGGCGCUGCAGUCGUGUCUGGGUCGCGACUUCGCCGUGAUGCUCAAGAAGAGGAACAACUUCCGCGACCGCUUCUUCGGCGUCGUCCUGCUGGUGGGCUCGAGCGAGGAUGCGCGGGGAUUCGUGUACCGCCUGCAGCUGUGCGGUGCCGAACACCGGCUCACCUGGGAGGCCAAACCCAGAAGCCUGCACACGCGGAACGAGACGAUCAGGAGCGGGGACGGCCUGACCUUCGACAUGAGCACCGCCGAGCGACUCAGCAACGGCGCCGACCUCAACGUGAACGUGUUCAUCCGCCUCGCGUCCUCGAGCGGCGAUAUUGCGCUGUAGACACGCGGAGGCAUGGCCGGCUGACAAAAGCCGAUUACCGGGAUGACAUUCGGAACUGCGUACAUCAGAAUCCUACAUGGCGUCGUAUGCAAUCAUCUGCUGCGGAAGGAUUGACGCGAUAAAUUUGCGUACAUAGAAUAAAUUUAAGCGCCCCUUGAAUGGUUCGUGACCUCGACGUGGACAUGAAAGUCGUUCGCUUUCGAGCGCAACUGGCGAGGCAGGCGACGGAAUCGCAGCCAGACGAAAAUUGGGGGACGGUGUUCGGGACGCCGUGUUUCGGAAGAAUGCUGCAUGGCGGCGUUCAGCCACAGAUCGACGUGUCCGAUAAAUCAGUGCGCGUUAAAAUAAAUUUAUCCUGACCUCUGCUGGUUGUUGUGGAUAAAAUAAAUCAGUAUCUUUGGAUGCGGCCAACGAGGCGGUACAACUU